UUCAGCAUUUUGGUGAAUUCCAGGAGGUUUCAGCGACUCCUUGCCAAAUUUGGACUUGUAGGAAGCAAAACUUCCCUUUCGCUCUCAGGGUGGAUGUUCAUGUGCAUGGGUUUAUGCAACUAUUUGGGUCUUUCUAGUAAAUGUGUGAGGAGGAAACCCAGAGUUCAGCUUCACGUCCUUUUUCAGACAGUUCCAGCAGUAAAUCUCCUUACGUGCACAGCUCUGACCAUUACGGGGACAACAGCUGUGGCCCCCCAGGCCCUCGGGUGCCUUUUGUGCCCCCUCCAAGCCCAGCCAGCCUUGCCUGGGCACAUCGUACACGCAACCAGCCAGCUAGCCUGGCCCUACGUAAGCAAGAGGAAGAAGAGAACAAGAGGUGCAAAGCCCUAUCAGACAGUUAUGAACUCUCUACAGACCUACAAGACAAGAAGGUGGAGAUGCUGGAGAAGAAAUAUGGGGGUUACUUCGUGAGUAGACGAGCAGCACGUACCAUCCAGACAGCAUUCCGUCAAUAUCGCAUGAACAAGAACUUUGAGCGCCUGCGCAGCUCAGCUUCUGAGAGCCGCAUGACACGGCGCAUCAUCCUUUCCAACAUGCGACUGCAGUACUCGUUUGAUGACCGACAGCCUCAACCUCCCACCCCGACUCACUACAGUCACAGUCCAGGAAUGGGUCCUCCGCAUUCUCCAACCUGCACCACAGAGCCAAGCUCCCCAUCACAACCGGAAUACACCCACCUAGAGGACUCCUUCUCAAAACAAGUGAAGUCCUUGGCCGACUCCAUUGAUGAUGCCCUAACGUGUCGACCACGCCGAGAUGAUUCCCAGGAAGGUAUAGGGGAUGGAAGUGGUGUUGUGGAUGACUUCGGCGAGUGCAUAUGGAGUAGCAACAGCCACGUAUCCUUACGAAGAAGUCUUGGAGACAGGGAUCGAGGAGGUACAGGGGGCUUGAGCAUGCACGAAGACAGCACAGCCACCUCCUACAGUGAUGUUACGCUUUACAUGGACGACGGUCUACCUUCCUCACCUCUUUCUCUAGACCGGGCCCCUAGCAGCACAGACACCGAGUUCUGGGGGGGUGUUGGAAGCGGGGUAAGUGGUAGAGAAGAUAGCCGUGACACAGAAGGAGGAGGAAGCAGCAAUAGCCGCCGAAGCACACCUUGCACAGAGUGCCGUGAUUACCGUUUAAGGGGAGGGCAUUUACCAUUACUUACAAUUGAACCACCUAGUGACAGUUCAGUGGACAUGAGUGACCGCUCAGACCGAGGCUCCCUUAGCAGACAACUAGUCUACGAGCAGGACUCAGCAGGAGGAUCACCUCAAGGGACACUAAAGCACAACCCUAAUGCUCGUUCAACAUCCUCGACAGCUGCACAAGGUCAAACACGUCCAGCUAGCCGAUCGCACAUCCCACACCACAUGCCUCACCAUCAUCACCAUCACCACCACCAUCAUCAUCCCCAGUACCCCGACACACCUUCGUCCUCCUCCUCUCCUCAACAGCCCUCAACCACACCGCUCUCAUCCUCCUCUUCAGCACCACUGCCUCCUGGUGGCUUGGAGCAGCAGUGCGGCUCGGAUGGUGAUAAUGACUCACUAAACUCCACCACAAACUCUAAUGAGACCAUUAAUUGCAGCUCAGGCUCCUCUUCAAGGGAUAGUCUGCGGGAGCCCUUGCCCCCAUUAGGGAAACAGACCUACCAGAGAGAAAGUCGGCACAGCUGGGACUCUCCUGACUUUAACAACGACGUAGUGCAGAGAAGACAAUAUCGCAUCGGACUCAACCUCUUCAACAAGAAACCAGAAAAGGGUAUUCAGUACCUAAUUGAGAAGGGGUUUGUGUCAGACACACCAGUGGGCAUUGCUCGCUUUAUCCUGGAGAGAAAAGGCCUGAGUCGGCAGAUGAUUGGAGAGUUCCUUGGAAAUAGACAGAAACAGUUCAACAAAGAUGUAUUGGAUUGUGUUGUGGAUGAAAUGGACUUUUCCGGAAUGGAUCUCGAUGAUGCUCUGAGGAAGUUUCAAGCUCAGAUAAAAGUCCAAGGAGAGGCCCAAAAAGUGGAAAGACUUAUUGAGGCUUUCAGUCAGAGGUACUGUGUUUGUAAUCCAGCACUGGUAAGACAGUUCCAGAACCCAGACACCAUCUUCAUCCUAGCUUUUGCCAUCAUCCUCCUCAACACAGACAUGUAUAGCCCCAAUAUCAAAGUGGAGAGGAAGAUGAAGUUGGACGACUUCAUCAAAAACUUGAGAGGGGUGGAUAAUGGUCAGGACAUCCCACGUGACUUACUGGUUGGAAUCUACCAGCGCAUUCAGAAAUGGGAACUGAGAACCAACGAUGACCAUGUUUCUCAGGUCCAGGCGGUGGAGAGAGUAAUAGUGGGCAAGAAACCAGUUCUGUCUCUGCCCCACCGCAGACUAGUGUGCUGCUGUCAGCUCUAUGAAGUCCCGGACCCCAACCGUCCUCAAAGGUCUGGAGUUCACCAGAGAGAGGUCUUCCUCUUCAACGAUCUGAUUGUGGUUACAAAGAUCUUCCAGAAGAAGAAAACCUCCGUAACGUACAGUUUCAGACAGUCCUUCCCUCUGGUGGAGAUGCAGGUUCACAUGUUCCAGAACUCCUACUAUCCUCAUGGUGUCAGACUAACAUCAGCUAUCCCGGGAGGUGAGCGUAAAGUUUUGAUUGUAUUCAUGGCCCCUAGUCAACAGGACCGCACACGCUUUGUCAGUGAUCUGAGGGAGAGCAUUGCUGAGGUCCAGGACAUGGAGAAAUACAGAGUGGAGUCUGAGUUGGAGAAGCAGAAGGGAGUAAUGCGGCCCAGCCUGCUCACCAACAGCAUUAUGGCUGGAGGAGUGGGUGGGGUCAAGAAUGAAGUGGUGAAUGGCACUAUGGGAAGGCCUAGUCUGGAUGACAACUAUUCACCAGGAGAGGGCCUCAAACGUACUGCUCUCAGCUCCUCACUGAGGGACCUGUCUGAAUCAGGGAAACGUGGCCGCAGAAACAGCGUUGGUUCCCUUGACAGUACAAUGGAAGGUUCCAUCAUUAGCAGUCCGCGGCCUCACCAGCGUUACCCAGUAGCCACCGUGCUCCCGGGAUGCUAUGGAACAGAAGACUUCCGGCCUCAACGCCCCAUCCUGAGCCCCGGAGUGGGGGUGGGGGGUGGGCCGGGGCAGCAACACACACCUGUGGUGACUGGCGCUGGGCCAGCCUCCAGCAACACCGAGAGAGGAACGACUGGAAUGGGGACUGGGAGCAACAGCAACAACACUGGAUCCUUCCUGGGCUCCCUGUUUGGGGGCAAGCGAUCCAAAGCGCCGGGUCCUAUUAUCCCCCCGGGGCCACCCUACCCUGCCCCUGUGGCCCCACCGACUACAGGAGGGCCGCCGCCUCUGUCCCCGUCCUCGCUGUGCCCGGGAGAUGCGGGGGGGCCCUCCAAGAUCCAGGCCCUGCACGCCCAGUACUGCCACACUACCAGCAACAGUGUCAGUGGGCAGCCUCCGCCCCCGUACUACCACCACCAUCGCUUCCAUAUGCAGACCGUACCCUCGUCUGGGCAGCAGGGCCUCCAUACUCUUCAGCGGGUCACCUUGCCUCGACGGCCGCACCCCAACCCCUCCGUGCACUCCCCAUACCAGCCGAUCUCCCAGCAUACUUUGCAGGGUUGCUACGGGACCAUGGGCAACAUGGGUUCCGGCCUCCCUCCCCCCCUUUCUCCUCACUCCCCACUCUCCCCUCAUCCGCAGUUUGCGCUCUUCCACACGCAGCCCACACACUCAGCCAGAGGGGGCGCCAUCAGCAAGCCGCCUCUCACACUGUCGCACUCGCAGCCGCACCCGCACGCACACUCCCAUCCCGCCCACGUGCACACGCCACACCCGGCCUCCCACCCCGCGCACCAACCUCACUUCGUCUUCGCCAGCCCUCCUCCUCCGCCCUUCCCUGCUCCCACUCAGCCGCCUCCAGUCUCUGCAUCCGGCACUGUCCACCACGCGCCGCCGGCCGCCCAGUAUCUGCCCCAGUAUCCUCCAUUGGCCUCCAUCCCCCCUCCCCCCCUCCACUCCCCUUUACCCCCCCCUUCCUCCCCCCUUACCCCUCUUAUGCCUCUCUCCCCUCUCCCCCCAUGUUAUGAAUUUAACAAAAUACCAGAGAUAUUUGUAAAUAGGAAAAGUUUUCUCAUGCUUUGA